AUUCAGCAUCAGCCAUAAAUAAUUAAUGACUGAGUUCUUUGGUCAUCACAGACAUUUGCAUAGCGUCAAUUAACUUUGCCAGGUGGCAUAUAAAUUUGCACUGUCAAUACUCAGAAAAAAAUAUUAGCAUUACAAAUUAACAGGUAUAAAUAACUAUUGUUUUUAAUGUGCACAGUUUAAAUUCAUAUGUGGAAAAAAGUCAGAGAAUCUUGCGUGAAAUUCGAUAAUUCCUCUUCAGUCCAUGCCACAACAUCAAAAGUCACCUGAUUCUUUUCAAAAUGAAAGAUUAGUAUACAGCUGAAGUGCUAAAAUGAAAAGGAAAAUAAAAUUUCCUGCACUGAUCACAUUAUAUGGACUGGGUCCAACUGGAGUUCCUAUGUGAAGCAAGUCGCACUGUGGAAAGGUUUGGACUUCUCGGAGGAAAGCUGAGGUUUCCUAGCCAUCACGUUGUGGCCCAAGCUAGAAGGGAUGAGAACGAUGAUGGCGAUUAUUCCUUUCGAAGCGAAAGAAGAGGAAAGGAAAACUAUGAUGACUCAGCUAGAGAUUAUGACAGCCAAGAUAGACGUGGUACCCAAAAACCUGAAAACUUAUUUGAGUCUUAUGAGGAACUUUUACAAAGGAAACGUGCCCAAGAGAAAAGAUACCGAGGAUUUGAUGACCCAGACUCUAGGGCAGACAGACCUAUGAGAUUGAAUGCGCCACAGUAUAAACAGCAGUCUAGAAGUGAUGGCUACCUCAGCCGGAGAUAUGAUGAUGAGGAUUAUGAUAGUUUUAGAAGAAAUCGACCAAGAGGCAGGAGAGAAAAGAGCUUUGAAUCAAAGCGUGUUCGUUUCCAUGGUGAUGAUGACUUGGAUGAUGAUGCAUGGGUGAAACCUAGAAGAAGACUUGAUUAUUAUGAUGACGAUGAGGAGGAAGAUGACGAUCUAUCAGAGUGGGUUCGUAAGAGAGGGAAAAGACCACAGCGAAGAAACAGUGCUCAUCUACCAAACAGGGAACCUCAGGAAGAAACUCUUCAGCGAAGCAAAACAGACACUAGCAUCAGAUCACAGUCAGCACCUCUGGAAGGAGCUGGAAUAAUAGGAGGUUCACAGGAGUCCAGGAGUGAAAAGGCCAGGAAACAGGAACAGUAUAAGAAAGAACUUCAACAACAAAUGCAAGAACAGGCUGAUAUCAAGAAAAGAGAGAAAAUGCUUCAUUUAGGAGUUGAGCAAAAUGGUGGCAGGCCACUGAACUCUCAGCUUGAGAGAACACCUCCAGAUGUUAACAGAAGAUCACAUCCGCCCCAAUCACAAGGCUAUGACAUGUCCCUGGCCAAUCAUGGACCUAGUUCCAGACCUCCUCCUCACCCUGCCAUCCAUACAAAUCCAUAUGAUGACCCCUAUUACUACUAUGGGGCACUGGAGAUGGGAGCUUCUGUGGGUGGGCCUAUGAACAUCUCCAGAGGGACUGGACAACCAAGCAUGGGAGGUCUAAGGCUUGAUGCUGGAAUAUCUGGAGGUAUUGCCAAACCUUUCAAAGAUCUUACUUUUUUUCUGUGAUUGCUUUACCAAUUUUAAGAAAUGCCUCUACAUAUAAUUUUAUCCUUCUUUUGUCAACAACAGUGCUUUUUGAUCAGAAAAACAGCAUUGAUAAUAUGAAUAAUACUGUCCACCUAAU